AUGUUAGUGACAUCUGAUAACUCAGAGCGCACUUCAGUGACGCCAUACAAUUCAGGGCACCCAAAAGAAAAAGGGUUUUUAAAUGUCCAGCAUGUCCAUGAAGAUUCUGACCAAGAUUAUUAUACUGACAUCGAGAAGGCUGACAGUCCGCAGAAAGUUGUACGUGGGCUUCAGUCAAGACAUAUUCAAUUAAUAGCUUUGGGUAGUGCCAUCGGUACAGGUUUAUUUAUUGGUUCAGGAGGGGCUUUAAGUACUUGUGGACCAGCUCCGUUAUUUAUGGCUUACAUCAUCAUAUCGUUUUUCGUUUGGACUAUUAUGAACCAGCUUACCGAGAUGGUUUGUUUGAUUCCACUUCCUGGUGAAGCUUCAAUUUACUCGCUUACAAAGACAUACAUGAACUCUUCGAUUUCUUUUAUGAGCGGUUGGAAUUUGUUUUACGCAAUGGCAAUGAUUGUGCCUACUGAGAUUACGGCUUGUGCAUUGUUGAUUAAAUAUUGGACUGAUGCUAACUCUGCAAUUUUCAUUACGAUCUUCAUUGUUGUGUCAAUCUGCUUAACCAUGCUACCUGUUAGGGCGUUUGGUGAAAGUGAAUUUUACGUCUGUACAAUUAAGAUUGUGACAAUUAUCGGUCUAAUUAUUAUUGGUAUUGUCAUAUUUUUUGGUGGUGGACCUAACCAACACCAUGUCUUAGGAUUCCAUUAUUGGAAAACCCCAGGAGCUUUCCAAGAACACUUGGCGAGUGGAAGCACAGGAAAAUUUUUGGCUGUCUGGACAGCCAUUAUUAAGAGUGGGUUCUCUUUCGUUCUAGUCCCUGAAACUGUCACUUCGUGUUCGGCGGAAUGUGUCAUGCCAAGAAGAAACAUGCCAAGAGCGUGUCAAAGAUUUGUCUACCGUUUAGCAGUCUUUUAUGUUUUAGGUACAUUAAUCAUCGGUGUUAUUGUCGGUUCUGACAACGACAGGUUGAUUAAUGCUAUUCAGAGUGGGAAAUCUGAUGCAGCAGCGUCACCAUUUGUUAUUGGGAUUCAAGAAGUUGGGAUUAAGGUUUUACCACACAUCAUAAAUGCUUGCAUUCUAACAAGUGCUUAUUCUUGUGGCUGUGCUUUAUUAUACGGCUCAUCAAGAACCAUUUAUGCUAUGGCUUUGAAAGGAGAUGCUCCAAAGAUUUUCGGUAAGGUAAAUAGAUUUGGUACUCCAUAUUACAGUGUUGGUGCUGCUAGUUUAUUCACAUUCCUUGCUUACCUCAACUGCUCAAAGUCAUCAUCUAAAGUUUUCAAUUGGCUCUCGAAUAUUGCAACAAUUUCUGGUUUUGUGAGUUGGAUCUUUGUUGCUGCCACUUACUUACGUUUCAGGAGAGUCAUGGACAUUUUAAAUUUGAACGACAGGGUUCCCUUCAGGGUUCCAUACCAGAGAGCAUUUGCAUGGGCUACUGGUAUAUUCUUCUUCAUUUUGAGUUUAACUAAUGGUUACUCUGUAUUUAUUAGUGGAAACUGGAAUGUGAGUGACUUCUUUGCUGCGUAUGUCACCAUUGGGUUUAUGAUGGUUCUUUUCAUCAUCGGUACUGCGUAUCAUCGUGAAUGGAGAUUCAGAGAUCCAUAUGAAAUUGAAACGGAAAUCCUUCCCAAGAUCGCAAUAUCCGACGAAGAGGAGAGAAACGAAGUUGUUCCAGUACCUAAAAAUUUGUGGGAAAAAAUAGUGGCCUUUAUCAUUUAA